UGCUCAUUACAUAAAGAAACAGUUCCUCGGUGUUAGCUCUUGGUUAGUUCUCUUUUGCUGUGCUAUCCUCUGAAAAUCAAAGUAAGAUACAGUUUUCUUUGCGACAAAUUGAAAAAGUGCAUCUUUUGUAUUUGUAGAUAUAAUAAUUCAUAAAUUUAAGUUGUUGUGCAUUUAAAAUAAGUGAAUAAAUUGUACUUUGAAUAUGCAAUAUAAUGAAAGUAAACACACGAAGACUAGCCAGGGUGUGCUGUUUGCGAUGUAGCGAAAAUUCUAUGCGAACGCGCCAUUUUGUAUUUGGUUUCUUCAUUUUCCACACAUUCUGAAACGUGUAAAGUAGGGGAAAUUUUCAACAAAUUUAUAAGCUUUGUUGAUUUGUAAUAAUGUUAGAAAGUGAUUAUUGAAGUUUAUGCAAUAGUCGCAUAAUGUUAAAGACCAUGUAAAGGAAAGCGGGUAUAUCGAAUUACGAAUAUCAAAACAAACAUUGCGCGUUAAUACGGUGGUGGAAGCAGCAUGCGUAUACGCUACUGAAGGAAAAUCUAAAUCUAGAAAAUCCCGUUGAACAGACAAGAAAACAUUUUUAAAUACUUGAAUAUUUUUAGUGCAUAAAGAAAAAAAAUAAACAGUUAUAGACGACUACAUCGAUUUUUGCCGGCGACGUCGGUCAAAUAAGCUUUGAUCAUGUCGGUGCAACAAUUUUGUUUGCGCUGGAAUAACCAUCAACCGAAUUUUAUUUCGGUAUGUUCCUCUUUGCUACAUAAUGGAACAUUAGUGGACGUUACCUUAGCAGCAGAAGGUCGACAACUUCAAGCUCAUAAAAUUGUCCUCUCUGCUUGCAGCUCAUACUUUCAAACAUUAUUUACAUCGAAUCCCUGUCAACAUCCAAUUGUAAUACUUAAAGAUGUCCAAUAUGAUGACCUUAAGACUAUGGUUGAUUUUAUGUACUAUGGGGAAGUGAAUGUAUCACAAGAGCAGUUACCACACAUUCUAAAAACGGCUGAGAUGCUUAAAAUCAAAGGACUUGCUGAAAUGCCCACCGAUCCUGCCAAUUUAACUAAAUCUGAAAGUAAAUCAUCGAAUGAACCCACCGAUUUAGUGGGUAGCGGUAGUACUGGCAGUAACGGCCAAAGUAGCAGUGGGGUUACUAGCGGUGGCAUGGGUAGUAGUGCUGGUGGUAGCAUAAAUGAGACUCUCUGGGAGCCCCAGCAUCACCAUGGCCAACACGGUGAAACCCAGUUUCAAUCUCAUCCCCAUCAACAACAACAAAAUAGCCAAACGCAAACAUCACAACAGCAACAACAACAUCAUCAAUUAAGACGUACUCCUUCACCAUUAGGUGCGGGAGCUUCACCGGCAACUAGACGAAAACGACUUCGGAAAUCUUCAAAUAACGGAUCUGGCGAUCGCACUAAUUCGGACGACCAACAUAAUACUUCUUUGGACAGUGGAAAUAAUACUGGUGGCAUAAGUCUUACACAGAUGAGUCAAAUGUCGUUUGGAACCACAGGUGGUACAAUCAGUGGCAUACCAACACACACAUUACACGCAACAAAAUUGUUAAAAGAAUCGUCUAGCACCGAGGUUGAACCACAUCCACAGGAUGAUAGCUUGGACGAUGGUCAUGGACAUGUACACAUGCAAAUUAAACCUGAAGUUGACAUGAGCAGCGUUCAGCAAUCAAUGCCAUUGGACAUUUCUGCUGCUACAACUCCUUCGGAACAUGAUGCACCAAAUUCUCAAUCAUCUCAUUCUGAUUUAUCCCAGCCGUUAAACGCUAAUGUGUCCACAAUUGUCGGUCAGCCGGAAUGUUCGCCACGCGCUGUCAAUAUGGCCAUGUCGGCGUCACCUACCAGCCUACUCUCUCAACAACAACAGCAACAACAUUCGCCAGCACAGUUGCAACAUCAACAUUCGCAACCACAACAACAGCAAAUGGGCACGAAACGCAAUCGUAUAUUGACACGUCAGCCGCGCGUUAAACGCGAUAGUGAUAGUCUUUCAAAUGCUCAGGCUUCACCCGAACCCAAUCAGGGAUCUUGUGUCGAUUUCGAUCCAUUUAGCAAUUCGCCCGGUGGUAGUUCACAUUCAAACUACAUUGCAGCACAUGCACUGCAAUUGCAUACACAUCCCAGUCACCAUCACCUGUUAACAGUGCCGCCGCGUAUUGAGCGUCACUCAUCUGAACCGGCACCCAGUUUGACACCAUCCUCACCACAUUUGCUCUCCGUACCGCAGAGUACACCUUUCCUGAUGAAACAGCAUUCGGAUCCAUUACUGCCCACUCAACAUUCACUUAGUGGCGCUGGCGCAUUAAUUGUCGGUGGUGGUGGUGUUGGUGUUGGUGUUGGAGGCACAAAUCCUUUCGCACCGCUACAUCGUCAGUAUUCACAUCCACUUUCGUGUACAACAACCAGUAGCGCUAACAGCAGUGCCGGUACUAGUCAUAUCACCAGCGUUCCAUUACAUCAUUCACACCACAUAUCACUACCUGAAUCAAUGUACACGUCCGGCGGUUCACCACCACCUGUUGGUUCGUCGCAAUAUGUCGUGCCGCAACAAAUUGUGUCCAGCGGUAGUAGUGGAACGUCGAAUGAGUUAAGCAGCGGUGCUUCAUCAGCUAGUCCGUCAAAAGUGCUCAGCAUACCACACUUCACCACUACUUAUAUUGAUGACAGCGACUCGCGUGGUCGCAACAAUUCACCAACUACACCCUCAUCCAUUGCCGGCGUUCAUACUAAUACGUCAAGUAUUAGUUCAGCACCCUUGGAGCGUGUUCGUUCAACGGAAUCGAAUACACCACCACCAACAGCAACAACAACAGGCAAGAUUCGUAGUUCGAAAUCGACAUCUAGUGUUAUGUUAUCGGAACGAAUGAGCAGUUUGCAUCCUGGAACCGCAGCCAUGGGUAGCAGUUCAUUUGAACACUUACCUUCGUUGCGUGUCAAGAGCGAGGAAUUACAAAGAUCAGUGUCUUCUCCACAAACCUCUCGGGAGAUCAUCACUUUGGAGAAUCCUCGUUCUAGUCAUUGUCCCGUUAUACGGCCCGGGCCGGCACUGGGCUGUAAUUUUUGUUGGAACACUAUAGAUGGGCAUGGUAGAAUUUUGCGGCGCAAAACCAAAUACCACUGUCCCGAAUGCCAAACGAAUUUAUGCAUUGUACCAUGUUUUCAGGAGUAUCACGAACGGCAAAACAGUGAAGCGGCAAACACUUCAACCGGCAAUGAUGGCAAUAGUAAAUCUUACUCAGGUACCACUGGCAGGAGUGGAAAUAGCGGCAGUGGUGGCAAUAGCACACGGCUUUAUUCCAAAACCGAAUCCAUUUGAAAGCGUUAAGUGUGCUGCAGAUAUUUUGAAAACUAUUUAUUGUUGAACCAGCAGCAGUGGCUGCAGGAGAUCAAAAAAAAAAUUGUUGUUUGUAAGGUGGGCCAAGUUAACCUUUGACUUUGGUUCAAGGGUGUUCAUCUUUUAAGUCCCACCUUUAAUUGAAAAAAAAAAAUAAUAUUAAUCAUAAUAUCUUGGCUCCACUAGUGCAAAUUGAAUUUGCAUGGAGUGCAAGAUAUCAAUAUUUGUAUUCGAAAAACGAAAGAAAAAAUGCUGCAAAUGCAAAUAACUAAAGAGGUUAUGUACUUGAAGCCAGAUUUGUAUCAGCGUGUCAUUUUGAAGACUAGUUGCUGUGCAACAAAGUCCAUUUUAAUGCACCAGCGUAUGUUGCAUGAUGAAUUUUGUCAGUGCAAAUGGUAGUACAAUACUGUACAAUGGCGUACAUUUUUUUUGUGAAUCUUUUUGGUAUAUAUAUGUAUGUAUUUAAUGAGCGUGAGCUUAGUGCUGCAUACAUUGUUUACGCACCAAGCAUUGGUACAAAAGAAAUAUUUAUAUAUAUUUUUCACAUAUUUUAUCUUUAAAAUGAACAACUCACUUUUUGAAUGUAAGCUGUUUUAAUGCAAAAGAAAAACUAAAACAUAUAAACAAACAUAGGUAGUCAAAUGCAUACUAAAAAACGGGUUUUGUUAAUUGCUGCCUCACACAAUUCCGAGGGCACGCGCAGUGGAAAAAUGCUGUAUUUAGAAAUUUUUAGGAAACCAUCUAUGGGGCCUGAAUUAAAAACCGCGUGCCAUAUUGUCAUUUAUUGCGUAAGAGUGAUGAUUUGGCUAGGCAAUUAUUUAUUUUAAGCUUUAUAAUUUACUUAUAUAUACAUUUAUACAUACAUAUGUUGGUAUGUAAUCACAUCCUUGGUUUAAUCGUUGCUCAGUGUUUUUUUUUUUGAAAUCUUUUCUUUAACAUACGAUUUUCAGCAAAAAGCAUUGUUACUGUGUGAUGCAAAAACAAAAAAAAAAUUGAUUUCUAUUGUUAUUGCUAUGCAUUAAAAAAGCAAAAGCAAUAUUUAUUUGCAUACACCUAAUUCUGUUUUUACGCUGUAGUUUGGUUUCAGAAAAACCCGUGUAAAAAAGGAUUUUGUUCCCUUAAAAUUGUGCUUUUUACAAUUGCUCUGUCCAGUAAACUAGCUUGUAUCCCCAAAAAAGGAAUGUCGCUAAAUUUGUGAUAUAAUAAUAUUUUGCAAAAAUAAUAUCUGACAAAUAAAAUUUAAGUCCAAAAAAUUUUUAAUCUGCUUAAUUGUAUAAAAUCGUAAAAAACUAAAAAAAAAUUAUUUUGGUCCAUUUUUUUUUUUUAAUUUUUUUUAAGUUUAUUUUUUAUUAUUUUUUUUUUAUUUAUAAAAAUUGUUUCUUUUUUUUAAUUUUAACAGUUUGCAAAUUUUUAUUAUUGCAUGUUAAAGUCUAAAUUUGUAUAUCCAUAAAACAAAACAGUAUAAUCUGCGCUAUUGCCGUAUGCUACUUUCAGGUUAAAAGCAACACUUAUAAUCCGGUCAAAAUAGACAUUCAAGGUAACUUCACUCUUAUUUUCUCUCGAAUUUAGUUUACUUAAAAUGCUUCUUAAGCAAUUGACCCAGCGAUCGUGCUUUAACGAAAUUUUACUUAGAUAAUUUAAUUUUCCUAAGUUUAGUAAAACAUUUAUUUUAUUUGUUUUAAUUUGUUUUUAACACAAAAAGAUCUAAUAAACCAGGGUAGAUAAAAUUUCAAAAUAAAAGAAUUAUAGUACGAUGAAACUCAUUGCAAAAGUAAGAUAAAAUAACAAAAAUGAAAGCAAAAAUAAUUUACAGGCGAUCUAUAGUCGGUUGCCUUUUGAAGGGUUAAAAACGGUUUAUCUCGAUUUCCGUCAAAAAUCAGAAAGUUCUAUGUAAAAAAAAAAAUAUGGCAAAUUCGUAGGUAAUAAAAAGAUCUACAACUUUUGUUUUCGACACGUUUUUCAAAUAACCUCUAAAUUCACAUAUAUGAAAAUUUAAAUAACCCACUUUUUGCUUCUUAUUUUAAUCUUUUACGAAAAUUUAUUUCCUUCACGAAAUUUGGGGUAAACUAAAAUUUUUAUUUCCCAACCAUGCUGUAAUUUAUUUGUUUUCAAAUAUUUAUUUUUUCUACCUUAUUUUAGUUAUUUAUCUGAAAAAACUACAAAUUUUCAAAUUUAAAUUCUCACGUAAAAAUAUCUGCUCUUAAAAGGCUUUCUUUUUUGAUAGUAAAACACUGGCCUAUAAUUCAAGCUUUCAAAUUGAACGUAAACAAAAAAUUUUAGGUAGAAUUGUCGACAAGUACCUUGAAACUAGUAUUUGGCAUAAGCGUUUGUGAAGGCAUUUGUCGAUCUCUUGUUUCUAUCUUUUGAUAGCAGUUCUAUUGGUAAUAAAGUCUUUACUACAGUGACCAACAACGGUUGAUAUAUAUUUAAUAAAAAACAAAAAAUAAAUAAAUAAACAAAUAAACAUAUUCGACCUUGCAAAGUUUACUACCAAAAACAAUUGUACAAGUAAACAGCUAAAUAAUUGCUAGCAAAGCCCUAGUUCUUACAGAAAAAAAUUAUGUUUGUAUAUCAAUAUUGAAUAGUGGGCACCAGGCAAAUGUGGUUUCAUUUAAAUUAUAAAAACUAGCAUUACGCAUAAACUUGCAUGGGCAUUCAUAUGAAAUAAUUGGAAUGUACACGUAUGUACAUACAUAUGUAUGUAUGUGUACGAAAUUGUUUAAUAAACAUUAUUGUUAAGUAAAAUACCUCAUUUUAGAUUUCAUUUAUCAUAUUUAGUUUUGUGUACAUAUGUAGGUAUAUACAUGUGUAUAUAUGUAUGUAUGUACAUGUGAAAUUUCAGACGUCUAAUAGAAAACUGAUAAGCAUGACCAAUUAAAUUUAGUUGCAAUGUUAAUUUUCGCAACUAAUUUCGCGAUUAAAUGUUCAGAAAUGUACAACAACAAUUGACACUUAAUUUUAUUAAAAAAAAAAUUAUAUAUGUAUACAUUAUAAUUAUGUAAGUUUGUCUCGCUGUUAAGACAGAUUUCAGUUUUACUAAUCAAGUCAAACGAGUAUGUAGUCGAAAACUCGGAAACAUAAACCAAAUUUAUACAAUUAUUUUACAGUCAUAUAAUUUAUUAAGCAACAACAAAGUUUAAGUUAUAUUUAUAUAAAAUAUGUUUGCUGAAAUUCGUUAAUAUUAUAUUACACAAAUUCUAUAUUAUAUUUAGUUUUAAAAAUUUGAAAGAAUUAACGAAGGAACACAUUUUAUGUGAGCAACCAUCAUAACAUAACACAUACAUAUAAAUGUAUGUAUGUAUUUAUGUUUGUAAUACGAUUGAAGGCAAAUGCCGGCGAGCAUGUACGUAUGUAGUUAUAUUUGAAAGAUUUUUUUUAUUUGGUCAGCUACUUUAAUCUUAAAGUACCUGAUUAUAACUUUUAAAAACCAUUUGUAACACUACUAAAGAACAAUAUAUGACAACUGUUGUCAAAUAAAAACAAAUAAUUUA